UUCAGUUUGUUUUUGACCGGUCGUCGUGACGCUUUGGAUCCAGUUUUGACGCGCGGCUUUGGAUACUUGGCAUUGCAUUUUCUUUUAGCGUAGCUUGUAGCUGCCUGUGUGACUGCAAGCAAGUGAAACAAGUUAAAUAAAUAUACUCCGUUGUGCAUAAUGUCGUUUAUUUAUAAAGUAAAUUGAGCAAACGGAAGUGUGUGGAAAAAAUCAAACAAAAAUUUCUGGCUCACAUUUGGGCGAGUGAUUUGUAAUCGAAUUGCCGCGUGUGUGUGUGUGCGUCAUUUUCAGUGUACUGAAUGGAACAAAAUUUUAAACGCUGUUUUCUUGGUAAAAGUGCUUGAAAAAUACAGAAAAAAAAAUAAAAAAGUUAACGCAAAAAGUGAAGAAGAAGAAAUAUUAAAAAAAAACAACAAAUUUAUGCUUCAGCAAAAAUUUUACGCUGUUUUCGGUUAGUAUAAAUAAUUAAUAAAAAAAUAUUAAAAAAUCAAAAAGUCUGUAAAAUUGUGCUUAAAUACAUACAUACAUAUAUGCGAUAUCAAAACUAAAAUAUAUGUACAUACAAGUGAAAAACAAAUGCACUGCAUAAUUUUUAUUUUUAAAUAAAGUAAUUUUUGUGCAAAAUCAAACUGCAAAGUGCAACAAGGCACCAGCAACAUAAUUUACUAUAGCUAAAUGUGUGUAUGCAUACAUACAUACAUCUAUAUACCCACAUAUAACUGCAUAUGAUUUUUGCGCUCAAACGGUACAGUUAUCUGCGAAUUCUGCUGACUUUUAAUGAAAUUUACAAAUUUUUGCAAACCUGACUUUGUGGCUUCAACGACACGGCAUUCGUGCCUAUAGCAGCAGUAUACUCGUUCCUAGUUGUAUGCAUGCAUUUUUUCUCACCUUGUACCAACACAAGGGGUUUUCUAUGCAUUUACUGCAACGGCUUAGUGCUUACCGGACACCAUCGAUGAAACAUCUCUUUAGAAACAGUAAUUAAAGUGAAGUUUCCUGCUAUUUGAACAACAAUUAAAGAAUAUUCUUCAUAUCGAGCUUAUGCCUAAAAAUUAAAGCAUCUACAAGUACCACCUAACUUUCUCCCAGCUGCGAAACCCACCCACCAUAAACCGCAUAAGAAUGAGUACUUCCGCUAGCAUAAAGUCACAGCUGCUGCUUUACGCGCUGCUCACCAUCACCUGCUUAUGCGUCACGGCACAGUUACCCGCGACAGGCUCUUCAAAUUGUGGACCCAAUUUUCCACCGGCCUGCCUUUGUGGACGCGAGCUGUACGAGGGCAGCAUCAGUUACAUUGUAAACUGCACGAAUACGGGCAUCCAUAACACCAGUGUGCUCGAGUUCAUGCCGGACGAGGUGGAAAUUUUAAUUUUCACCGGUAAUAUUGUGCCCGAACUGCCAUGGAAUGUAUUUGGCUCGAUUAAUGACUACAAAAAUCUGAAGAUUGUCGAUAUGAGCAACAAUCACAUACGUGAAAUACGUGGCAAAUCCUAUCAUCAUGUGCAAAAUGUGGAGCGCUUGAUUUUGAAUCACAACAACUUGAGCAUUUCACGCGAGGAUGACGAGGUCAAUCACCAUCAUCCACGCGUGUUUUCGAAUUUCCUAAAUUUGCAAAGUCUACACCUGACCGACGCGUUCGCUGACAAUAGUUCGCCACAGCUUAGUGAAGAUUUACAUGAUAUUUUCGUGAACAGUCAGCUGAACAAGUUACAGAAAUUACAUUUGGAGCAAAACGAAAUCACACACUUCAAGGAUCGCAAUGUCUUCUGUGAUCUGCCGAGUCUGCGCGAUUUACACCUGGGCGACAAUCUACUCAAAGAUAUCAAUUUUGAGGUGCGUUGCUUGAAAAAUUUGCGCUUUCUGGAUUUGGAGCGCAACAAAUUCGAAUAUGUGAAGACACACGACAUGAUGCUACUCAACGAACUGGAGACGCGCAGCGAUCGCACCACCAAUCUCAUUGUCGACUUCAAUCUCAAUCCAUUCCUUUGUGACUGCAAAAUCAGCUCCUUUCACACCUGGAUACUGUCGACAAAUGUAACGGUACGCAAUAAGAAUACGCUAAUGUGUUAUCACAACGAUGUGGAGCCACUACCGAUCAUGGAGUUGAAUAUGGACGGCUGUGCGGCAGCGGUAGCGGCUGCAGCCAUGAUGUUCAACACCGCUACAGAUGCGCACUAUGGCGGCAACGGCAUAGAACAGAGCAUAGGCGAAGAGAGCACGGCAGCCGGACGGCCGCACAUGAAUCAGCACACAGUGACACUAAUCUUCCUGCUGAUUGUUUUGAGCAUGAUUUUGUUGGGGCUGGUGGUGGCGCUGGUGUAUGUGAGUCGUGAGCGCAUUAAGUACAUGAUAACGCCGGUGUUCGAUAAUGUUGCCAAGAAGGUGCAAUACACAUCGAUCAAAGACGAGGAUUGUCCGGAAGUGUAUGUUUAAGGCGCGCAAACCGCUGCAUAAAAAUCGAAAAACAAAAAACACAAACGAGCGUUAAAAGCAACGAAAGGCCAUAACUGACAGUCAACAAUGACAAGCGACUAGCAUGACAGUUUGGGAGCUGGUGUGGUGAUUGGGAAAAAUAUGAAAACCACCAAUUAGUAGAUAACACAGUUCGAUUGCCGCUGUCGGGCAGUUUAAACAGCGAUAACGUGGAUUUUUUUUACUAAUAUAAAAUUGAAUUUGUGCCAUUUAAAGACAAGAAAUCAAACAAAAAGACGCAAUGAGUAUAGUUGCAGAAAUUAUAAUACAUACAUAUAUACAAACAUGCACACGUAUGUUAAGGGCAGCUGGCGCAAGAAAUAGCGUUAGAUAGAAAUGUUAUUUGAAAUAUGUAUGUGUGGAGUAGCAGUGUCACAGGAAUUGCUGAAAGCCAACGUCUAACAAAUAUGUAUAUGUAGAUAUAUAUACACGCACAUACAAACAUAGACAUUAGUUUAUAACCAAACUACAUACACAUACAUACAAACAUAGUAGGUAUUUAAUAUUUUCACAGCAGAACAUGAACAUAUCACAGCAGCAUUUGUAAACAGCAAAACUUAUAUAAUUAAAGAUGAAAAAAUUAAAUUAAAAUGAACAAUAAGCUCAAUAGAAAGAAAAUACUACAAUUUAUUAUAAGUACUUUACUAAUUUCAAGCAUGUAUUGCUGUAUUUAAGUUUUUAAGCUAAGUGAAGUGGUGACCUAUGUGCAAUUCUAAAAGAGAUCUUUGGCAUUUUGUCAUUUGAAAAUAUUUUUAUUAAAAAAAAAAUAAUGAAAAAAACACUACAACAAAAGCAUGUGGCUAUUUUUAAUUAAAACUAAUGAUUUAAUUAUUAAUUUCAUAUAAAUGCAUAUAAACGCUGAAAAAUGAAAAAAAACGCGAAACGGAUACGUAAUUUAUACUACACUACAUUGGCUGUCAAACUGCAGAAAUUUUACAAUUUCAUUGAAUUUUCGCACACAUGCAUGCUUAUAACAGUGCCACAGACAGUUAGCCCUGCUUCCGACAUAAUCUAUUAACUAUAACGAUAACUAUUUUUAUUAUUUUCAAUGAGAAGAAGAUUUUUUUUCGCGCCAAAUCGCAAACGUUUAAAGGGUUAUAUGGGUUUCCUGGGGUAAAAAACAGCCUUUUUUCAACAAUGUUUUUCUCAUAUAGAAAAUGAAAUAUUUUAUUAGAACUUUUUAUUGUUACAAACAUACACUAUUAGCAAAGAAAUUCUGAAAUUUUGGGAAAAAAGUAUUUUAAACUCGGCCAUUGCGACGCCAUUUCCGGUGAACCCUCGGGAAAAAGAUGCGCCCGUUUUGGCAAGAUAACUCCUUACAGGAUCAUCUAAAGUGAAAAAUACGUGUUUUAGCUUAAAGCUUAACUUAGAACUUGGACGAAGGAAAAAAAACGAAA